CAGCACAGUUGCAGAGGUCGUUGCUGUUGCUCUUGAACGCAGCUCGUCACAUUUGAUCAAACACAACAAACAAACUGCUUUUCAGACAGAGGACAAACAGCACGGAGCUGCAGACAAGGACAUAGACGGAGCCAGAGAGCGAGAACAGUCUUCAAAACAGGCAGGCAGAAUGACGAGUCUCCAGCUGAGUGCGAAGGAGGACAUGUUGGAGAGGUUUCUGGAUGCUUCAGCCAGAGGAGAUCUGACCCAGGUGUCCACGCUGUUGUCCCACGUCCCCUCGCUCAUCAACCAGACGGGAUACAGUGGCUGGACGGGGCUGAUGCUCGCCGCUCGCAACGGACACUACGAUGUGGUGGAGGCGCUGCUGUCGCACGGCUGCGACAAGUUCUCAGUGAACAGCUCGUCACAGACCGCAUACGAUAUCGCCAAGUUCUGGGGCCACAGACACAUCUCCAACCUGCUGGGCCGGACGGACGACGGCAGCCAGCGAGUCCUGCCGGGCUCUGAUCCCCACCAGCAGGAGAACUACUUCAGCAGAGAGACGCUGGACCGGCUGAGUGCCAAGAGGACAGACACGGUCUGGUUGGAGGAUAAGCAGAGUGACCCAGACACAGUCUACCUCCUGUUCUCCAACCUCAGCCCCAUGGUCCGCAGCUCCCAGGAGGACGACAACGCAGUGGGUGAGACCAAGCUGUGUCGGUUCAGAUAUGAAGCGGUCAAAGACCUUCUCCAGAAACCUGCGACUGUGCUCAUCUUCCUCGGAGUGGAGAAGAGGAAAACACCCUCCUCCUCCUCCUCCUCCUCUCAGACAGUGGACGGCGUCCAAGAGCCUCCUGCUUGGUUUGCCAUCAACACAGAUGAAGUCGCUGCUGAACUUCUUAAACGCUGCAGAGAAAGGAACUGCUCCUUCCCAAAGACGCCCAACAGAGACCUGCUGAAGCUCAACGAGGAAGAGGCCGGAGUUGUGGCUCAGGCUCGGUCGGUGUUGGCCUGGCACAGCCGCUACAGCUUCUGUCCGACGUGUGGCAGUAGCACCACGCUGGAGGAGGGAGGAUACAAGAGGAGCUGCCUAAACCUUGACUGCAAGAGUCUGAAGGGGGUUCACAAUACGUGCUAUCCACGAGUCGACCCAGUGGUCAUCAUGCUAGUGAUCCACCCUGAUGGAAACCAGUGUUUACUGGGAAGGAAGAAGAUCUUUCCGGUUGGCAUGUUCUCCUGUCUGGCUGGAUUCAUAGAGCCUGGGGAGGCGAUGGAGGAGGCGGUGAGGAGGGAGGUGGAGGAGGAGAGCGGCGUGAAGGUGGGACCGGUUCAGUACGUCUCCUGCCAGCCCUGGCCGAUGCCCUCUAACCUCAUGAUUGGCUGCCUCGCUGUCGCUAUAUCAACUGACAUCAAAGUAGACGAGAAUGAGAUCGAGGAAGCUCGGUGGUUCCCACGACAACAGGUGAUUGACUCAUUCAGAGGAGCCCAUCCGGCCUUGACCAUGCCUCCGAGACAGACCAUCGCCCACCAGCUGAUCAGACACUGGAUCGGCAUGAACUCUAACCUUUAGCCCUCCAGAUGGGUCUAAAAAAACAGCAGCUAUCUGAUCUGUUGCUGCUUUAUUAUGACAAAGCAGCUGCCAGUCGAGGGAAUCACCAGAUUCUUCAGGUUGUACACAACGCUGUGCUUUAAUGUGGUUUGUAUUUACUGUUAAAUACAAAUCCUUUAAAUGCACUUAUUGUAUGUGGAGUGGUACAGCCUGCAGAUAAAGGCAAAGGCAGAAUCAUGCAAAAUGGAAAAGAGGACAAACAAUUCACUCUUACUUGAAAGCAACAGCUGCUUCUGAUCUCAGCUUAGAACCUACACUUGCAGUGUGACGAUGGAUCAAAUAAUAGUGCAAAGUUAAAGGACACUGUUGCAGAAAGAUGUAAUCUGCAGUUAGACAAAAACAUAUAUAUGGUAUACAUAUAUACUGCGAUAUUAAACUAUUCCACCCACAGUUUUAAGCAAAUCUAGACAUACAAUUUAAACUCCACCAUCCAUCAGUAUCGCAGCAUCUAAUACUGAAGUUUCAGCUUUGACUGAUGUAUUAAAUGUAGUCAAAGAAAUCUAAGCUAAGAAGAUAAAUUGUUUGAUUAUAAAA